AGAACAGCCUUGCCAGAGAAAACGCUGUUUCUUUAUUUUGUUUAAUUUUGGUCAUUCAAGUGGUCUAGGUGGGUAGUUUUGGAAUUGCACAUUGCCAUUUGUGGUAUUUCGUAUUUAAAAUGAUAAUGAAUCGCCCUUUUAUCCAUUACGAACUGUCAGAGAAAAUUGGAGGAACCUACGAAAUGGGUGACUGCAGUGACCUGGACCGACAGAUUGAGCAGUUGCGAAGGUGUGAAGUUAUCAAGGAAGCAGAAGUCAAAGCUCUUUGUGCAAAGGCAAGAGAAAUACUUGUUGAAGAGAGCAACGUUCAGAGAGUAGACUCUCCAGUUACAGUAUGUGGCGAUAUCCAUGGCCAGUUUUAUGACCUAAAGGAACUUUUUAAAGUUGGAGGUGAUGUCCCAGACACAAAUUAUCUCUUUAUGGGAGACUUUGUUGAUAGAGGAUUUUAUAGUGUUGAAACAUUCCUGUUGCUUUUAGCAUUAAAGGUAAGGUAUCCAGAUAGAAUCACGUUAAUUCGGGGAAACCACGAAUCACGGCAAAUUACACAAGUGUACGGGUUUUAUGAUGAGUGCUUAAGAAAAUAUGGGUCAAUAACUGUAUGGAGAUAUUGUACCGAAAUCUUCGACUACCUUUCCCUGUCUGCGAUAAUCGAUGGAAAAAUAUUUUGUGUCCAUGGUGGGUUAUCUCCAAGCAUUCAAACAUUGGAUCAGAUACGUACUAUUGAUCGUAAACAGGAGGUGCCACAUGAUGGUCCCAUGUGUGAUCUUCUUUGGUCAGAUCCUGAAGAUACCCAAGGUUGGGGUGUCAGUCCACGUGGUGCAGGUUAUCUGUUUGGAUCAGAUGUUGUUGCGCAAUUUAACGAUACAAAUGGCAUCGACAUGAUCUGUCGGGCACAUCAGUUAGUAAUGGAAGGAUAUAAAUGGCACUUCAAUAAUACUGUCCUUACUGUUUGGUCAGCUCCAAAUUACUGUUAUAGGUGUGGAAAUGUUGCAGCCAUUUUAGAACUAGAUGAAAACCUAAAGCGAGACUUCACCAUCUUUGAAGCAGCACCGCAAGAGAGCCGAGGAAUUCCAGCCAAGAAGCCACAAGCUGAUUACUUCCUUUAAAUUUUGAUGUAUGAAAGAAUAAUUAUAAUGGACCAUUGUGCAGCCACAUAGUUUGGUGUAUCUUGAUACAGUGAAGUACAUUUUGAAGUGGUGCCGCAAUAGACCUCGUUCUUAAAGCAAGACUAGGUGCUAAAGAGACCAAAAGAUAAACAAGCAAUUUCAUAUGGAGGUUAACAUUUGUGUGUUUAUUGAACAGACUUCAUAUUCUACAAAUUUGGUAAGUUUUAACGUGUCAUCUUUUUUUGUGUACUUUUAGACAUAAUUCAUAUAUGGUUAGCAAGAUAUUGAAAUGGGCAGUAAGCAUUCUCCUUUUUUUUCCCAGUAAAUAUGAGCUUAAGACUACAUACAAGCAGGAAGGAUGAAUUGAAUAUCAUUGGAGAAAAUUUUUCCUCGCCUUUCCCCAAAGUAAUAUAAUGUAUCAAAUGUUCCCUUAAAAUGUUCCUGAAUAAUUUUUUGGAACAAAACCCGAGUCAUGUACAGUGUUGACAGUUUUGUUUGUGAAACAUUGCAGCAGGAUAUUUCACAAUUUUGCUUUGGAUGUUGUGUUGCAUUUUUUCCUCAUAAAAUUUGAUUUAAUAAUUCUCCCCUUCGUUAGUUAUUGAUCUUGAAUUUUUGCCCUUUUCUGUACAGUAUGAAAUUUUCAGUCUCACAGUAAGCAGUCAGUCUGCACCAGUAGUAAUAAUAGUAUUAGCCCUUCCUUGUCAUCCUUUUCAUAAAUGUUGACACUCAAUAUUGAGAAGCAACAAUUUUUGUUCUAAUUUAUGAAGAUAAUUGGUUUUGAACUGAACAACCUCCAGUUCAGAUUAGACUUGGGGGUGUUAAAUAACUUGACUACAGUAUACAAAUUUAUAAAUACUAUAUAGUUUUGAUGAUCUAUUGGUUAAUUGUGAACCCUGUUGCAGUGAGCAAGCAUGUUACUUUAACUGACUUCAAGGGAACUAUUCUUUAAAUGAUUUGUGGUUGCAUGCCAGAUUUGCUCAGUAGUCUGUCCACUAAAUGACAUCAUUAUUUUUGGAAACCUGAAGGGCAGUGAUUUGUGGACAAGAUAAACUUUCCUUUGGUGUUGUGAAUAGGUACGAUUGUCAAAGUUUCCUUCGCGGUGUUUCAUCUGUAAAUGUUUCAUCAUUCAUUGAGAUUCAUAUUCACUUGAUAAGCUAGCGUUAAGACUUGAUGAAGCAGUAGAUUUUGGAUACGCAAAAUGUUGUCUUGACUAUACAUAAUGGUUUUUGUAUGCCUCCUGUCAAGCUUGUUUUGAAUUUUUUUAUUGAUAUGUGGAAGGUAGAUCCCAUGUUAACAUUACUUCAGAUAUCAUCCCCAUCUUAAGGCUUUGUGGCUUGAAUAUAUGGGUAUAAGCUUUCCCAUGUUCUAUUUUAUGCUUUUUUAUCUUCAGCCAUUGUAUACUGUCCUUAUAAUGAAUACAGUAUAUAGAAUGUGUAAUGUAUUUUCAUAUUUCUUUUUCAUAAAAUUUUUCUAAGUAUCCACAGAUUGAUGUAAAAAAAUAUGCAUAGAGCCUUUUGAUAAUUAGAGAUGUUUGUAGACACCAGGGCAGUGAUUCUUAACAAAUAACAGCCAGCAGAGAUUAUAGUUUGUCUUUGCUCUUUAGAAAAUAGUGUUGUGGCUCAAGUGUGAAAUUGUUUGAUUGUGGGAAUCAAAGAGCAAGGUCAGGUUCUUUUAGAUGGACUAAGGCUGUCACUCCAUUUUAUGUACUUUUCACAAAUGCAAGAGGCUUUGGAACAUAAUGAGCUUCUAAUAUCUAGACAUUGAGUGGGAGUAAAGUUAUGCUGACAAAUGCUUUAUUGUAGUCAGUGUUAACUGUCCUUUUUUAGGGGCUGGGGCCUAAUUUGAUGGGGUAUUAUACUCUGGUAAAUUCAGAUCCUCACCAAGUCUUGUACAAAUGAUUCUUGAAGGAUUACCAUCCUUUUAACUAUUAGUACUGUAAUCUUUAAUUACAGAACCAAAACUGGUGUACCUUUAAAUGUGGCAGGAAUAUAUGACUGGUUAUCUGUUGUUCAUAUUUGUAUGUAGAUUUCAUUUGAGAUCAAAUAUUCAAGUUUAAGCAGUUAAAAGUGAUCUUGGUUUUAAAUUGUAACUAUUUUUUUGUAAAGUAAUAGUUUUGAAAUGCAAAUUGAUAACUGCAUAACUUUGUAAUUCAUUGACUAUAUUCUUUUAUUGCCAUGCAUAAGGUAUUCCAUUUUCAGUAUGUUACAGUAUGUAAAGUAAAACUUGAAAGAUGACAUUGUGUAGAGAAAUAAAUUUUUUAUUUUC